GUUUCUUAGGAUAUGGACACCACACAAUGACUAUCAUGGGAGAUGAUAUGAAUGAAAACAUAGAAUUAUCGGAUUUCGUUGAGUCUGAAGAAGAGGAGCAGGAUAACCCCUACAAGAGAAAAUAUUUAACUUUGAAAAAGCAUAUUGAAGAUAUUUGCCGCGACAAUAAACGGCUGGUAAACCGUAUUCAUCACAUCAAAAGACUCAAACAUCGAGCCAAAAAACUUCGAAAGUAUUUGAUAAGAACAUUGCGGGAACAUGAUGUUGACAUCGAAAGUAUUCCCUUACCCUCAGGCUUAGAGAUGUCAUUAUCAACAAUACCAAUUCCCCCAAUAUCAAGUUCUCAGGAUGCUUUAUCUACUGCAAAUUUUCAUGCUAAAUCUAAAACGACUAUAACUGCCGGUAUAUCUCCAGUGAGACAAGCAAGAAACGGGAAACAGAACAAGUCGAAGGCAUUUUUAAAUUUUAGCGCAAAGAAGAGGCCACAAAUUUUAGCUCAAGUCAAUCAGCUGAUGAGAAAUAAAUCUGAAAAGGAAAAGGAAGAUGCAGUUGAGGAGCAUUUAGCAUCUUUAUACAAAGCCUUAACCCCACAAGAAAGAAGAAGAUUUCAAAAUUCUAAAAAAGCCUCCUAA